AUGGGGAAGUACAAGAUGAGCAUGAACAAGUCCGAUCUUCUCGGGGAGGGAUCUUCCUCGAUUUGCCGCAAGGGAAUCUGCUUGGAGACAGGACAAGAAGUUGCAAUCAAGGUGUACAAGCUGGCCACAAAAUCUGUGAACAGCUCGGAGGAAAUCCGCCUGCAGAAGUUCAAGCGCCAGAUCCAGGUGCUGAAGAUGCUUCAGGAGGCUUUCGUGGUGCCCAAGGAUCAGACACUUUGGCAUCCCGACCUCGCAAAAGCGACUCCUUCCAAGCUCUUCAUGAUGCUCCUGGACUACUCCAAGGAUGAGAAGGGCGAGCCCGCCCCGGAUACCACGGACGGUGUGAUGUACGUCAUCACCGAGGUUGCCCAAUACAGCUUGAAGGACUACUUCGCACUUAAGCGGGAGAAGAACAAGCCACUCUCACGGGAGUCGAUCAAGGCCUGCGCGCGCGCCAUCCUUCUCGUGGUGGCUGGCCUUCACGCCAAGGGCCUGGUCCACUUGGACCUGAAGCCGGAGAACUUGAUGAUGUUCAACGGACGCCUCAAGCUUAUCGAUGUGGACGGAUGCGUCCCGAUCGACAGUGAGGUUUCCAUCAAUGACUCCUCCAUCUCUUUCUCCCCCUGCUAUUGCGCCCCGGAGUGGGCAAGGUUCCUGAUCGAUGAGGCCGAGUCUAAGAUCAUUGCAAAGCCGCACCUUGACGUCUGGAGCAUUGGCAUCACUCUUUGCGAGCUCGUGACGCUGGAUGCCAUCUUGAAGCCCAUGUACGGCAACUUCCUUCGCAACGGACACUCCCACCGAGAAGCAGGUUUCCUCUUCAUGGACUGGCUGGGACACAUCACGCGUGCUCCAGUGCCCAAGAGCAUUGAGCGUUUCGACCGCGACUUCCACAAGCUCAUUGUCGAAUCCCUCCUCGUCUGCGACUUCACCAAGAGGAAGUCUCUGGCCCAGUGCCUCUCUGACCCAUACGUCGUGGAGACCGGCAAGUCUGACUCCACAGAGCUCGAAGGUGGCGAGAAGGUCGUGCGCCAGGCUCGCCAGCGCUUCGAGGACACUUCCAGCAAGGCGCCCUUGUACAAGGGCACCUUGUGGAAGCUCAACACAGAUGGCAAGCCCGAGGAUGCCACACAUUGGCUCAAGCGAGACAUGUGGGUGGCUUGCGAUGGCUCCCUCUGCUACUUCAGCAUCAAGGAGAACAAGCGCCUGGUGCUCUUGGACGGUAUCAAGAUGGCUGGUGCCAAGGUCACCACGCUCCCCAGCGCUGCCCGCGAGUUCGCCUUCCGUCUGGACUGCGUCAACAGCGACGACCAUGAGAAGGACAUCUCCAUGUGCUUCUCUGCUGAGUCUGAUCAGGAGCACCAGAAGUGGCGAUCCCUGUUGUCGCAGGCAACCAACUUGGAAGGUGCCAUGCAGACCAUCCGCUUGGGUGGUGCCGUGGCCGACGAGCUCAAGCAGUUCAGGCUGGCUGUGAAGAAUCGCCGUAUGAAGGUCGGCGAGGACGCCAAGGAUCAGUUUGCUCCAAUCUUCAAGGCAAAGCUCUGGAAGGUGAAGGCAGAAGGCGACCGCAAGAAGGUCGAUGACUGGUUUGAGCGCGAGAUGUGGAUCGCCAAGAACGGCAGCUUGGUCUACUGGAGCAAGAAGGAAGACCGCGAGCUUGUGUACUACACCGCGAACGACAUAGCGCAGGCCAAGUUCGUCCUGAUUGACAACGAGGACACUUUCCAUCCGUGGGCCUUCCAAGUGCAGCUGGCGCCUUCCGCCGGAGUCGAGUUCGCGCCCGGCGAGUUUGCCGCAGAGUCGGAGGCCAUGCGCGACC